GAAUCCAAAGGUUGAUACUGCAUUUACGUUAAGCGCCUAAAGCAUCACAGGUGGCUUUGACGCUUCAGAAGAUUGAGCCAGCAAAAGGAAUUCCCAGACCAUGAACUACGUGGGGCAGUUAGCGGAGACAGUCUUUGUAACAGUAAAGGAGCUUUAUCGUGGCUUGAACCCUGCCACGCUCACUGGUGGCAUUGAUGUCAUUGUCGUGCGGCAGCCAGAUGGCAGCCUCCAGUGCUCACCUUUCCAUGUGCGCUUUGGAAAAUUGGGAGUCCUGCGCUCCAAGGAGAAAGUGGUGGAUAUUGAAAUCAAUGGUGAGCCGAUUGACAUGCACAUGAAACUGGGGGACAAUGGAGAGGCAUUCUUCGUGGAAGAGAAUGAAAACCUGGAGGCUGCAGUGCCGGCACACCUCUGCACCUCACCCAUCCCCACUGAAGUUCCAGAAAUUUCCGAGGUGGCCGAGUCUCCCUCCAGCACCACCUCGUCUUCCUCCAACCGGCGGAAAAAACGACGGAGAAAACGAGCUCGUUCUGACGCACACCUGCAUGAGGAUGGCAGCUCAUCCUCAGAGGAGAAAGAGACUCCAGAGCAGGACAUCCUCAAUGAGGAGUCUUUGUCGCUCUUGUUGGCAAGUAAGUCUGUGUACUACUCUCUUUCUGAGGAGCCGAGUGAGGAGCUGACUGGAGGUCAGACCAGAGUGUCACACCCACACUCUGAUGGAGAGUGCUCUCCAAAUGAGAGUGUGUUCUUCAGUCGGCCGUCGUCUCCUAAGAGUGACUCAGAGUUGUUGGUGAAGCCGCAGGAGACGUCAGGGCCUCAGAUGCAGUGGAACUGGGGUGGUUUUCCAAAGGUGUGUCAGGCAGAACAGCCCCGCACUCCCUCCUCCCCGUCCAUCCCUUCUGACCACUCCUACUUCCGCACCAUUCAGCGCCAGGCCUCAUUCGAUACAGAGCCCUGCUUGGAAACGGAAACGGUAACCGUGGUGAGGCCGGAACCUUGGACUUUUGUAACAGAGCCCUGUCCAUCAGAUAACCUACCUAGAGUUUCACACUCCACCCCAAAUAAUACCUCAGGACCUUCCUCACCCACACACCAGACUUCCCCACUCAUGCUGCCUCUGGUGGAGACACUACAGCCUGUGGACAGUUCUGACCAGCCGCUGGUGUCAGAGCUGGACAGACAGGACACCAAUAAUGCCAUGACUAAUUGCACAGCUAAUCCAGUUAGCACAUGUAACACAGACUCUGAUGAUAGAAUGGCUAAUUCAGUUAACUCUGCCAAUACCACUAGCUAUGCUAAUACUUCUAGCUUAAGCCACAUAACUCACACCAUUAGCACAAACACGAGUACUAACGCUGUCGUUUCAGAUUGCCCUGGCAGCCAACUAAACCGCGUUGUCAAAAUUAGCCUAGCUGCUACUGCUGGCUCAGUGGCUGGAGUUAGUGUGGGUGCAUCAGAAACAUUAGCAACAUCGGUCAGCACAAUCACUGCCUUUUCUGAGACUGCUCACCAGAGCACAACAGAAAGGGCAGUAUACAUGGAGAGAGACAGUGGCAUUGAACCUUUCGCAGAAGGACUUGCUGAAGAAGACGGAGAAGUGAGCACGGAAAGCCCUCCAACCAUGCGGGAUGCAGAGAGUGCUGAAGUGGCACGUCCUUUGGAAUCAGUCAUCCAGUUAGAGGAGCAUCCAGGCUUUUCCCAGCCUCCAUCUAAAGCAGUGGAAUUGCAGGAUAAGAAAAAGGGCAAGCGCAGUCAGCAUUUGGGACCAGCAGAUAUUUACUUAGAUGACUUGUCCAAUCUCGACCCUGAGAUGGUUGCACUUUAUUUUCCCAAAAGUGACAGUGAAUCAGCCUCACGUUCUGGCGCUGAGCUCAGUUCUAUCCAUCCACCCAGAGUCUCCCCACAGUCUGGCCAGCAGUCUCCUCAGUCACUGGGCAGUGGCAAUGUGGACAGUGGGACAGAGUACCUUUCAGAUUCCACCACUGACUCACUGGACGUCACCAUGUCUCUGUGCGGGACAGAGGGCCACUCCAGGCAGAUCAACAAAGAGAAGUUUAUGGCGCAUAUUGUCAAGUAUCAAGACCUCGUCAGCAAUCCUGGAAUUAUUGAUGAUCCAAACCUCGUCAUUUGCAUCAACUCAAACUAUUACAACUGGGCUGUUGCCGCGCCAAUGAUUCUGUCUAUGCAAGCUUUCCAGAAGAAUUUGCCAAAGAGCACAAUUGAACAGCUGAUUAAGGAUAAGAUGCCUAAGAAGUCUGGCCGCUGGUGGUUUUCAUGGAGAAGGAGAGACAUGAACAGUAAUCAGCCAAGUUCAAAGCCUGACUCAAACGGAAACCAACCAGAGACAUCUUCUGCACGUCCAGUUCCACCCUUACUCAAGGACCACUCUAGUCAGCUGUCCAGUGAUGAUGAUGGUACUGACUCUAUAAGGCCGAAGACUAUAGCUGAAUCCAUGACUACUGCACAGUGCCUGAGUCAGAUGUACCGCAAAUCACUCCGUCUCACCUCUCAACAGAUAGAGCGCCUGAAUUUGCGUGAGGGAGCCAACAAAAUUGUGUUUAGUGUGACCACUCAGUACCAGGGCACCUGUCGCUGUGAAGCAGCUAUCUACCUGUGGAACUGGGAUGAUAAAGUCAUAAUCUCAGAUAUUGAUGGAACCAUCACAAAGUCAGAUGCUUUGGGUCAUAUUCUUCCACAGUUUGGAAAGGACUGGACACACCAGGGCAUUGCCAAGCUCUACCACAAAAUACAUCAGAAUGGCUACAAGUUUCUGUACUGUUCAGCUCGUGCAAUAGGCAUGGCAGACAUCACUAAGGGCUACUUGCAGUGGGUCAAUGACAAGGGCAUCGUAUUACCUAAAGGGCCUGUCCUUCUCGCUCCUAGCAGCUUAUUCUCAGCAUUACACAGGGAGGUGAUUGAGAAGAAGCCAGAGGUGUUUAAGAUCACAUGCCUGACUGACAUCAGGGACCUGUUCAAUCCACAAAGACAUCCGUUCUACGCUGCCUUCGGCAACAGGAUCAAUGAUGUUUUUGCGUAUAAGAAGGUUGGGGUACCAGAGACUCGUAUCUUCACUGUGAAUCCUAAAGGAGAGCUUAUACAGGAGAACAGCAAAGGCUACAAGUCCUCGUAUUCUCACUUGAGUGAGUUGGUGGAGCAUGUCUUUCCCUUGCUCUGUAAAGGCCGGCCUACAUCCUUUGAUUACCCAGAAUACAGUCAUUUCUCUUUCUGGAGAGAGCCACUACCUGCACUGGACAACUUCUCCCUCUAGAUGUCCACACUUUCUCUGAUUUCUUUCUCUUUUUCAUACUCUAUACCUGUUGCCUGUCUGCUUUAUUAUCAUUGCUAUAACACUAAACCACUGAAUGAACACAUGGGCUCACAAUGCAAAGUAGCGCCUUACACAACGAGCUGUGCAUAGCCUGAAUGAAUUAAACUGUUCUAUCUUUGCUAAUAUGCCAAAAAUGGAAAUGAAAAGGCCAAAGUAUAAGCUGAAGGAAAAAGUGUUCUCUCUUGUCUUUUCAUUAACAUAUAAAAAUAAUCUCUAUAUGGAUCAUUCUACCAAAAUGGUUUAAAGUCAGAGUUCAAAACACAUUUCAGACUUUUAAGUGAUUGAACAAUCCUUUUACUUUGAGUGACCCUGUACCUUAAUUAUGUUUAUUUUAUUAAAAUAAAUGAAUGAACAUUC